AGACAGGAUCGGUCCAAAGUUCACAGAGAGCAGACGGAGAGACACGACAGAAGGCUGAGCAGAAAAGACAAAGGGAUUUAAUGUGCCGCUAACAGUAAAACACCUGCAAAGUAGAAGAGGAAGCUGCGAGACGAGAAGUUCAUCAUCUGUGGGAGACGUCGCCGCUGACUGAAGCAUGGACAUCCUUGAGACAGAUGCUUAUGACAGGAGGAAGAGGAGGAACAUGUCCUGUGCUCUGCUUGUGUCUCUCCUGCCUUUCUUUGCGUCCACAGCGCUGUACUUUUACCUGUGGACUCCAGACUCUCCUGCAUCCAUCACUUCAGCAGGUGUCAAAUCGGCACCAAUACUGCUACUGGCAGCAGCGGUGCUGAGCUGGAACGGAGGUCAGAGCGUCCUGGGGGUGGUGGGGGGACUGUUCUUCUCUGCGGUCGGCGACUGCUGCCUCAUAUGGCCUGAGCAUUUUCUGCACGGAAUGGGCGCGUUUGCUGUGGCUCAUCUACUGUACGCAGUCACCUUCCUCACCGCUCGUUACGCAACAUACUCUUCUUCCUCCUGGAACCGCUUCCUGUAUGUGAUCCUGCUCAUAGUGGGAGGAGGCUUCUACACCUACCUCUACCCGUUCCUGCAGAAGGCGCCAGACUCCGAAAUACUAACUCCAGCUGUGGGGAUCUACGUCUUCCUCAUUACUUUAAUGGGCAUUUUAGCCAUCAGAACCCGCAACACAGCAACACUGUUAGGGAGUUUGUUCUUCAUGGUGUCUGACAUGUCACUGGCUUUGCAACUUUUCAAAGUGGUGGCACCAAUGAAGCACGGGAACCUUAUCGUCAUGGUGACGUAUUAUUUGGCACAGCUCCUUAUAGCUGUGGGUGACGUGAAAGCAACAGAGAACAAAGAUGCCUUUGCAAAAUGGAAGACGACCUAAACAGAGUCUCUGAGGCAUCACAUAAUUCACUAUGUUGCCCUAAUAUUUGCUUUUUCUAGAAAAUCCAAUGAAGAAAGAAGACAAAACACACACCGUAUGCAGGUCUCCUAUUGGUCAGAACUGACAGUUACCUGCUACUCUACACUGGAAAAGAUGGAGCAUAUGAGAAUCUCACAAGAUGUGUACUUAAAAUUUUAAUUAUAAUAUCAUUGUCAUGUCAAAAAUAUAAACGAUGUCUACAAACAAGACUGUGACAAAAUAUUUUAAUCUGUCAUUUUAUGCUGCAUCCAUGUUUGAGUGUGUGUGGUGUCAGUGUUUUCCACUUGUGAGCUGUUCGUUUCAUGUAGAUAAAUACUCCUGUUUGUUUUGUUAACAAAUAAAUGUGGUGAAAACACAAACACUGGUAUCUGUAUUUGAAGGUUU